GCGGUGGAGUCACUUGGUCGAGGGAUUUCCCGCCGUCGGGAUCGUCAUGACGUCGUUGACAGUCCGCGAAAACCGCAAUCAGAAUUUCAAUACGGAAAAAAUUUCCGGUUCGCAACCCGAGCCGGAAACCAGGGCUGAUGACACAGACGCCUGGCUACUGAGGAAGAAAAAAAACAAUGACGAUGCCGACAGCGUGGCGAGCGUCACGUCGAGCCUGGAAAGCACCGUCGUAUCGAGCAAAGUACACCGGGAUUCCGAAGUCUACGACAUGACCCACCCACGACGAGGAGUCGCCCUGAUCUUCAACCACAUUCACUUCGUGAACAUGGCGACUCGGACCGGGACGAUUAAGGACUGCAAAAACCUCGGAGAAGCUCUCGAUAGUCUUGGAUUCGAGGUUCGCGUCUACAACGACCCCAGCUUUAAGACCAUAACGCAGGUCCUGAGAUCAGUCGCUGCCGAGGAUCACAGCGACGCCGAUUGUCUCGUUGUAUCAGCGAUGUCUCACGGCGAAUCCGGCUUCCUGCAUUCGAGCGAUGAACUUUACCCCGUUGACAAACUGUGGAAUUCUUUCACCGGCGAUUUGUGCCCCACCCUCGCUGGAAAACCGAAGCUCUUCUUCAUCCAGGCUUGCCGAGGUAAUCGACUCGAUCAGGGUGUCACAAUAAUUGACGAAACUGACAGCGCGACUAGCUACAGCAUACCUGCCUACGCUGACAUCAUGGUUGCCUUCUCUACUUAUGAUGGUUUCUAUUCCUGGCGCAACCCAGACGCUGGUUCGUGGUUCAUCCAGGCGAUCUGCAAGGAAUUCGCCAGGAACGGCACGAGUCGGGACCUUCUGACUAUAAUGACGUUCGUCAACCGGAGGGUCGCCCUCGACUUCCAGUCCUACGUACCCCAGAACGCCAAGAUGCAUGCAAAGAAGCAGAUUCCAUCGAUAGUUUCGAUGCUCACGCGCCUCGUCUACUUUUCAAAAAAAUCGGGCAGUCUUUGUUCUGCAAAAAAAGUCACCGCACUUUGAAUCGAAUCCCAUGAACGAAGGCUUUUAUAAACGUGAAUCAUCGACGACCGUUGAAUACACUUGAUUUAUUUCAGCUGCGUAUAAUACACAAAGUAUUUCGUGCCAAUUUGAUAGAAGGUUUAAUUGUUAAAAAAAUUUUGUUUAAAAUUUUGAAAAUGAGAAUAGAAAAUAAGUACUCGAUAGAAUUGAAUCGGGGUAGAAAAUCAAAUUUUUGCGAAUU